UAUGCAAGAUGUGAAAACGAAAAGCGAUUUCUUCUACGAAACUUACUGUUGGGAAGUGUUAUUUUAAUUCCGAACACUGUGUUACUUGUGAAAUGGAAUGAUCUAAUUACGGAGUGUAUAAAAUAGUGUUCAGUGUUUAUGAGUGAAGGGACGAGCCCAUGAAUCCACGUUCCAGAGAGGAAGGAAAGUCUUAUCAACGUGAACGUGUUCUCCCGUAAUCGUGACAAUACACGUGUUACAUACUGUUCAUCAAAAGGAUUUCAGCCCCAUCUUUUAAAAUUUAAUAUUGACCAUUCACUUUUAGAUCAAUAUCUUCAGUCUAUCUCACCAUGAGUGGGAAGAAGAAAACGAAUCUUGGUCGGGCGCUCAUAAAGGAUAGGUUCCGCAACACUCAAGGCAAGAAGAAAGUUGAGACGUCAAUGUUGCAUUCUGCGGAUGUAGAAGAUGGCAUUGAUUGGGCAAGAUUGAACCUCAAAUCAGUCACAGAAGAAAGUUCAUUCGAUGCGUUCUUUUCCAUCGCUGAGCUAGCUGGCACCGAAUUUAUGGCAGAGCGGUUGAAUGUCAAUUUUGUGAAUCCCAAAAGUAAUGUUGGAUUAUUAACUCGGAAAGAACAAGAAAAACUCUCUGAAAACCACAGAGAAAAGAAGAAAUGUUUGAAGAUUCCAAGGAGGCCAAAAUGGGAUGCCUCAACAACAGCUGAAGAACUGCAGACGAAAGAGAGGCAGGAGUUCCUGGAGUGGAGAAGAAACUUAUCAUCACUGCAAGAGGAUGAAGGACUCCUUUUAACUCCAUAUGAAAAAAAUCUUGAUUUCUGGAGACAAUUGUGGAGAGUGGUUGAACGGAGUGAUAUCGUAGUCCAGAUUGUGGAUGCGCGGAACCCUCUUCUAUUUCGUUGCGAAGACUUGGAAAGAUACGUGAAAGAAGUGAGUCCUAACAAGAAGAACCUGAUUCUCCUCAACAAGGCUGAUUUUCUAACAGGAAAGCAGCGCAAAGCAUGGGCCUCCUACUUUGAGUCAAUCGGUGUGAAUGUUGCCUUUUUCUCUGCAGUCGAAGCCACAGAUGUAAUUCCAGAGGAAGAGGAAGAGGCAGUCGAUGGGAAGAAAAGUGAUGUUCAGGAGGAGACCAAGGGCGAUGACGAGGCUCCUGAAACUAGUGAGGAAAAAGGAAACAGUGAAGGAGAUGAUGAAGGAGGUGAUGAAGGAGAUGAUGAUGGAUUCGAAACUGAAGAGGAGGAAGAAAUUAUCGGUGAAUUGGAUGAGGAUGAAAUGAAUGUGAAAAAUUCCAGUAAACUCCUGUCGCGUGAGGAACUCAUCGAUUUUUUUAAGUCAUUUCACAAAGCUGAUUAUGAAAAAGUGACCCCUGGUGUGACAACUGUUGGUCUAGUAGGUUAUCCAAAUGUAGGAAAAAGUUCAACAAUCAAUGCCCUGUUGACUUGUAAAAAAGUUUCAGUCUCAGCCACCCCUGGCAAAACGAAGCACUUUCAGACUUUGUUCCUAGACUCAAAUUUAUUACUUUGUGAUUGUCCUGGUCUUGUAACUCCCAGUUUUGUUUUUACGAAAGCGGACAUGAUAAUUAAUGGAAUUUUGCCAAUAGAUCAGAUGCGAGAUCACGUUCCUCCCGUAAAUCUUGUAUGUACCUUAAUUCCACGUGAAGCCCUUGAACAGCACUAUGGUAUAAUGAUCCCCAGACCUGAGGAAGGAGAAGAUCCAGACAGACCGCCUUUUUCAGAAGAGCUUCUUAACGCAUAUGCCUAUAACCGAGGAUUUAUGACAAGUAAUGGACAGCCAGAUAAUCCUAGGUCCUCUCGCUAUGUUUUAAAAGAUUUUGUAAAUGGUAGGCUUUUGUAUUGCACUGCUCCUCCUGGAUGGGACCAGUCUAAGUACCAUCAAUUUAAAGUAAAAAAAGUGCGCAUGCCGCGACCUGUCACUCCUCUCCAACAUCGUAUAUUGAAGCCGGUCAAAACAACAGCAACUGAGCUAGAUCAGACAUUUUUUGAUAAAAAAAGCACAGGCGUACAUAUGAAGGGAACAGCCAAGUAUAUGCCUGGAGUAAACCCUACCAACAGUGGAGCUAGCUCAAAUUUUUACACAAGUAGUCCCUCAACAUGGAGAAAACAACUCAAAGAGAAACGUCAUAAGAAGGAAAAGUUAAGACGAGUGUACAGGCACUUAGAUGAGUAAUUGCGUUGCCAAACUGAAGUGAAAGUACAAUUACUUUCUUUAAUUAGAGGAAGCAUCUUUUUUUUUUUUGUAAAAUAGUGUAUGUAUAUGAAAUUCCGAUUUUUAAUUUCUUUGGAGAAUACAAUGUAUAAUUUUUGUUGAUCAAAAUCA